UAGAUUUAGCGUGAUAAUACGUGCUAGAACCCUUUCAAAUUGAAGCGGCUCUUUGGGGGUGUUUUCGAAAGGAAUUGAGGACGUCACCUCAGUUGCGGCAACGAUCAUCGGGACAACACAAGUCUAUCAUAAUGUCAGGCAAGGUGAAACGUACUGCGGCCAACACUGCUGAUUCAGCUACUGUGUCUGUCAACGAGAAGAUACUGCGAGAAUGCCAUAUCCUUUAUACCGAGCCAGAUAAUGGCUUAGUAGCUAUUGGAGAGAGCCUUGGCCUGAAGUUGCUGCCUCCUAGAAAGAAGAUCAAUGUCAUGUUGAUGGGCAACCACUCUGCUGGCAAGAGUUCAUUUAUUAACUGGUACAUAGAAGAACAUGUGCAGAGGACUGGUGUGGCCAUCGAGACCCAAGGCUUCACCUUCAUUACCAGUGGCCGGAAGCGGGAAUCCCUUACUGGAAAUGCUACACUUCAUCUUUAUCCCCACUUCAAGCCCCUGCAAGACAUUGAGGGUGUUGUGGAUUACUUGAAUACAGAGAUUAGCACUUCUAAGCAGAAGAAAUUCAGUCUGGUAACAUUUAUUGAUACCCCUGGUCUGGUUGAUGGAGACAUGAAGUAUCCAUUUGAUGUUAAUCAGUCCAUGCUAUGGCUAGGUGACCUGUGUGAUUUAAUCUUCGUGUUCUUUGACCCAAUUGGCCAAGCAUUGUGCAAGAGAACUUUAAACAUUGUGGAGCAUUUGAAUGAAACUCACUCAGAGCGCAUUCGCUUCUAUCUCUCCAAAGCUGAUGAAGCAGGUCAUGAAAGUGACAGGCAGAGGGUUAUGAUGCAAAUUGUACAAGAAUUAUGUAAGCGCCCAGGCCUCAACAAGACUGGCUUUGAUAUGCCAACAAUUUACAUUCCCAAUCCAAACAAGCCAAGUCGCUGUGUGAACCAAAUUGAAGAGGUUUGCCGAGAUAUUGAGAAGACUAUUAAUCAGACAAUCCAGAAUACACUCAACCAAUUGGAAAAGGACUGUGACCAAAUUUCAACACUUGUUGAUGAAGCCAUUGAAGCUGACAAUGCUUCAAGGGCCUAUAAUUUCCGUGCUAAGGCAAAAGGGAUGGGACUGUCCUUAUUUGGAUUCCUACUACCAAUUAUACUGAUGCUGGAAGUUCUAAUUUCUUCUGCUCCAAAGGAACUUGUUAAUAAUCUCUUCGGAGAGCCACUGGCUGAGACAUUAGCAACUUAUAUGGCCCCAUUAACAUCUUUCUGGAUUGCCAUUGGUGAGGAUAAUCAACUGGUGGUGCUUGCUAUUGUACUGGUUGUGUCUGGUACAUUCCUCAUUAUCUCCCGCUACUGCAGCAAGACGAGGCCCACUUUACAGCGCCGUUCGAAGAAGGCCCUGGUUGAGAAGAGAGAGUAUGUUAAUUCUCAUGUGAAGGGACAAAAGAAAAAACUCUACUCAGAAUAUCUGCAGCAAAGUGUUUCUGAUCAAGAUUUAUAAAAAUGGUCAGAUGAAGGCUUGAUCUAAUGGUAGCAAAAUGACAGCUUUUGUUAAGUACAAAAAUGAAAGGGAAAGAGAGGAGAAAUGAAGAGAAAAUCACCCAGUGCCUAAUGUUUUAUACUGCAAAAUGAAGCCAAAGAACAGUAUUUUUCUAUGAAGCAUUGAAUGCAUGGCUGUAGCACUGACUGUAUGUACACACACACACACACACACACACACACACACACACACACACACACACACACACACACACACACACACACACACACACACUCUCUCUCUCUCUC